CAAUGCCGUUUGUACAGCGGGGAGCUGACUGUGUUCUUGGUGUUGUCUGGUGAUUCCUGCUUGGCACUUAAAUUAGAGCUGCACUUGGAUAUAAAGAAUGGGCGGGAGAGGCAAGAGGCGAUUCCUUUCUGUCAGCAGUCUCAUCUCUGAAUAUUCCUGCUAUUCAAAAGCAAGCAUGCAGCGGUCCCAUAUUUGAAGCUAUGGAUCAGCAAGCAGGUUUUGUCACGCGAGUAAUCUGCAAACCAUCUUUUUUUACCCACUGAGCGAUAGAGAGAGAGAGAGUGAGAGAGAGAGAGCGAGAGAGGGGGUUAGGCUGAAGCAGGUGAUCGAGACAGAACAAACCUCCAAGGGGCUCCUUGAGAUCAGUGUGCACAGGAUUCUCGUCCUGAUCAUGGUGCCAGUAAGUUGCCCUGGACAUUGUACCAUGCUGGCUGUGGCCAUUCUCCUGGGAUAUGGCGUUACUUUUUCCCUGGGACAGAAUGAAACGGAGCCGAUCGUUUUGGAAGGAAAAUGCUUAGUGGUGUGUGACUCGAGCCCGUCCUCAGACGGCGGGGUCACCUCCUCGCUUGGGAUUUCAGUGCGGUCUGGCAGCGCCAAAGUGGCUUUUUCUGCGGUUAGGAACACCAACCACGAACCGUCUGAAAUGAGCAACAAAACCAUGACCAUCUACUUCGACCAGGUAUUAGUUAAUGUUGGAAAUCGUUUCGAUCUUUCUUCGAGUGCAUUUGUAGCUCCAAGAAGAGGAAUAUACAGUUUUAGCUUUCAUGUGGUUAAGGUCUACAACAGGCAGACAAUACAGGUCAGUCUGAUCCAAAAUGAACACGCAGUGAUAUCUGCGUUUGCCGGUGACCAGGAUGUUACCAGAGAAGCGGCUAGCAAUGGUGUUCUCCUCCACAUGGAAGGAGGAGACAAGGUGUAUCUCAAGCUGGAAAGGGGUAACCUAAUGGGAGGAUGGAAAUAUUCAACCUUUUCGGGAUUCUUAGUUUUUCCUGUCUAAAAGUCUCCAAUGGAUUUGAUUCCAUAUGGCUGCCUUUUAUGUUAGAACAUAAGAAUUUGACCUCAACUAAUAAAACUGCCACUGAAGCAGAAUGACUUCUUGCUAACUAUACAUUUACAGUGAAUAUUGACGUUUCCUUGGAACCCGCAUUUCUAAUUAGUCUCUGGUUACUGUAAUCUCUAGGAUAAAGGAAUUUGUCGACCUGUGCAAUUCAUACAAGUGAAGGUAAACUCAUGCCUGGAUUUUAUUCUUGGGGAACCCAUUGAUCUUUUGUCCAGAGACAAUUUGGUGGACUACUAAAGUGAUGUGAAGAUGUUCCAGCUGAAGAAUCAGCCCUGAAUUGCGUGUCUCAAUGCUUUCUUUUGUGUUUGUAUAGCCUUAAAAAAAAAAAGAUGGCUUCAGUCCAGUAAAGUGUGUGCAUAUUUGGACGUUCCUGUGUCAAGAAGUGCUUUAUAAACAAAAGCAAAUUUUGCACUAAUGGAAGAUAAUUUUGUUUUGUUGUUGUGUUGUUUAAAGUGGUGUUUAUGGAUGCUGAGUUUGAAAUAGGUGUCAAUAACAAGAAGCAUAUUAUUUAAAGUUAGUUUAAAAAUCGGCAUCAUAUUUCUGACUGUUGCUCGAAAAAUCAUAAUAUAUUGGAGAACUAUAUUGCUAAGCAUUUAGCUUAAUGUAUAAUUACAUGUUCACAAUGUUGUCUAUCCUCCGUUUUUGGGUGUGCAUAGCUUUAAUAUAUUUGUUCAAUGACUUUGUCACAGAUGUUUGAGUAUGUUGUGACAGAACUACAUAACAAUAAUCAUAUAUGCGGGAAAAUAAUAAAAAAUCUGUAUUGUUUGUUUAUUUUUUUUUUAAUUAUUCAGAAAUUGAGUCCAACAAAUAACCAUAAACAGUUCCUUAUUUUUU